AAAUGGCCGAACGGAUGAGUCAGCAGCCUCCGAGCAAGAUGAAGAAAUGACGUCUCGCCAACGUUGAGCGCAUUCGAAAAAUCCUCCGGAUCAAGAGCUGCAACAGUCUGGGUUGUUGUAAGACACGAAGCGCAGAGCAAACCCAAUCCGGCGACGACAGUGCAGGACGCUUCUCCGCAAUCGCCAAGGCCCGCAAUCUGCAGCUACUGACAUCGAAGUGGAAAGUUCGCGGUACGAUUGCGACCUCACGACGCCGCCCCACCGUUGUCCAAGACACGUCCACGAUGCUCACACGAAGUGCACUGUGCCCAGCGAGGGCCUUUGCCAACCGCUUCCCACCCUCGAUACUGGCGCCCUCAUCCACCGCCGCCGCGACUUCCUUCUCCACAUGCACACGACCAAGCACGCUCCCACAACAACAGCGCAACAGUCCGACCACCGCCUCUCGCACCACGUUUCCCAGCAGACUGAUAGUGCGCUAUGCAUCGACUGCGCCCGCACAGCCCGUAGCCAACAACUCGCCCAGCGCACAACCUCAACUCACAUGGAACGCCUUCUUCGCCCUACGCCGCACGCGCCGGAGAAUCGGCCAGGCCUGCUCGGGAGUGGGCGCGGUGGGCGUGACGUACUUUGGUCUCACCACCAUGAUCAACAAUGGCUAUGACGCGACCCUCUCGGCCCAACUUGGCGGCUUCGAUCCCUUCAUGCUCAUGGGACUGAGCACCUUGGGCAUGAUGGCUGUGGGAUGGCUCAUUGGGCCUAUUUUCGGCAACCAGGUCUUCAAUCUGGCUUACAGGGGUGUGCUGGGCGAAUUCACGCGGAAAGAUUCGGCCUUCUUCAACCGCAUCAAGCGCCACCGCGUCGACCCUACUGCCUCUUCGCUGGCGAACCCUCCACCGGAUUACUACGGCGAGAAGAUUGGUAGCGUUUCUGGAUACAGACGGUGGUUGAAGGACCAGCGUGCGUUCAACCUCAAGACGGGCAGAUACCGGGCGACCAAGGCUUUGUAGAGUGUUCGAACGGCCACGAGCUGCAGAUUGUACAGCUCGAGUAUCAAACUACCAAUGUCGAGCCACAUACCCAUCCGGUGCAGCAAUGCCUGGAGUACAGGAAAGAGCAGGCGGGAAUGGAGCAUGGUCUUGGAAUUCUGUGAGUGGCAGACGUCAGGAGUACAUGAGCGAGCAGGUAGUAGGUGACACGCUCUUCUGUUUCUUACCAUGUGUCAAAAUAUCCGAGCGACGAUUCCAUCAUCGCACCCUCGCAUCUCAACCCACUAUGUGUUUUCAUAUGUUCCACCAGAGAAACGAACUUCAGACAUGCAUGUAUGUAUAUGUACAUUCCACCUACCAGAUGAAUCGCAUCUCCAUUUUACGAACCCACAAAAAGGGAGAGCACUACAGCCUCGCCCUCCUCCUCACCCCCUCC